AUGGAAGCCAUGAAAAACGCCGCCAAUUACGUCGGGAAUCGACCUGUUGAGGCUAGCUACGGUGCCUCGAAAGAGGCAAAUAAGAACGUCACCAAAACGUCUGAACAGAGUCCUCAAGUCGAGGCAAGCUCUGGCGCCGUGAGAGAGCCCAACAAGAACACUGCCAAACUAUCUGAACGUCCGCGUACGCACAACCACAAAAUUGCACCGAAAUACUCGGACGCGGUGCAAGACAAGCAACUUGCCACCUUGUUCGAGCAUCAAGAUGUAAUCCAUGAGAUCUGGGAGGCUGGAUCGGAUAUUAACAAACGGCCCCAGAAGAUCUCUCAAAGGUGGAAAAGGGAGCGUAAACUAGGCUCCGGAACCUUUGGCGACGUUUUCCUCGAGGUAUCUGUAGACAAACGCAGUUCACAGGCACGUGCCGUCAAGGAGAUCAAAGUACAAAGUCACGCUGGAGAUGGAAUAGAGGACCUAAUCGUGGAAUUGGAGGCUUUGGCAAAGUUCUCUGCGGAAAAAUACAAGCACCUCUUUGUCUACUUUAUGGGGUGGUAUCGAGAUGGCCUCUUCGGCCCCACCUUGUACAUUGCCAUGGAGUACUUUGAGCAUGGUGAUCUUCGGCAUUGCCUAGACAACAAGACACUACCAGAAGAAGAAGCCCGCAGCAUCACAUUUCAGGUGCUCGAAGGACUCGCAGUGCUACAUGCUAGCGGCUAUGUUCAUCGAGAUUUAAAGCCUCAAAACCUUCUCGUUGCAUCGCCUGGGCCAGAAUGGUGGAUCAAGAUCGGCGAUUUUGGUGUCAGCAAACGUCUACAGGCUCUCCUGGUUUCAGUACAAUCACUGGUACUCCAGGAUUCUUGGCUCCUGAAUUGUAUCUGA